AUGUUUGAAUGGGAAGGAGUGUCUGGUCUCAAAGAACAACUUUUAGCACAAGUGAAAAUUUUUGUUCCUUCAGAUUUAGUAUGUGAAGUUUUCGUUGACGAAUUUAAGGCAAUUUAUUUAGGAAGUUGUGUUCCAAGAGCAGACAAGAAUGACCACCAGAAAUACUUUGCUAUCUUUGGAUACUUUUGUGACUCUCCUGUGCUAAUUGCAGAGGAAAGAUGUGAUUUUGGAUUUAGAUUCAAAUAUAAAGUUCCAAAUGAGCCUGGAGUUGUCAUUACUCAUUGGGAAAAUGAUGAACGAACUCUGCAAGAUGAUGUGCUAGACUCACCUUGUACUAAUGCUCUUGAAACACUUGAUGAAUACUCGGCUCAUCCUCUCCAAUCACACAUUGAAAAUUAUUUGAAAUAUUUUCAAGGAAUUGUCGAAGAAGAAGACAUUUCUGAAGAUUCUUUUAAUCAUUUCAAGUCACAAGUGCUUGCCAUUAUCACGGAUGUCAAAUGGAUUAUUUUCAGCACUCUUGUCAAAACCACACAUCUUACAGCGAGUGAAAAAUUGGUGUUAGAUACUCUUUCUGAUAAGUCAGAAUUAUUCACCAAGUUUCCUGUUCACUGGUUGACUGUCAUUUGUCUUGCUCUUGGAAGAGAUCCGCGACCAUUAAAAAGUACAUCAAGAACAAGAACAAGGAUUUGCUUGCCACAGAGAUUGAACUUAAAUGGAAGCAGUUUUAAUACUCGACUGAAGAAACUCUUGAUUUAG